CUGGGGCCUCGGCGUCGGAAGAGAGGGGUCAAUGGACAAUGUGUGACUCCAAAGCACACACAUUGUUCCAUUCUGGGAUCACCGCCACCGCCGUCUCUCCUCCAUGACAACCAUUCACCCCACUCUCUUCCGGCCGCCCUUUGAUUGCAAAGAUUGGAAAUAGGUAUUGAGUGCUUCCCGGGUUCAUUUUUAGCAUGAAAACCGGAGCAGAGAACGAUGGCUGGCCAUCUGUUAUGCACCUUCAUGUCCUUAAAAAGUCAGAACCCCGCUUUUGCAUAUUCCAAAAGGUGAAAUCGGUUGACGACGAUCCAGAGAAUGUUCCUGUCUAUCUCAAUGUGUAUGAUUUGACACCCGCAAAUGGUUACUUGUACUGGGCAGGCCUUGGUGUUUUUCACACUGGGGUUGAAGUCUAUGGAGUGGAGUAUUCCUUUGGAGCCCAUGAUUGUCCUACUAGCGGUGUCUUUGAGGUUGAACCUCGGCAGUGCCCAGGAUUCAAGUUUAGGAAGUCAAUAUUCAUGGGAACGACGAAUAUGAAUCCAUUCAAGAUUAGAGAAUUCAUGGAGCAUCAGUCAGCUAACUACCACGGUAAUACUUAUCACUUAAUGAUCAAGAACUGCAACCAUUUCUGUGCGGAUAUAUGCCAAAGGCUCACAGGAAAUUCAAUACCUAAAUGGGUCAAUCGCCUUGCGAGAUUAGGUUCUGUAUGUAACUGCUUACUCCCUGAUGCCCUCAAAACUUCGACCUCUCAAGAGGAUCCCAACUUUGAAGGGCGUGAAAAUAAGAAGAAAACCGCUUUUAGUUGUCUGUCAUCAAUAUCGAGGCCCCAGAAGCUCCAGAGGAAAGAAUCCAAGUCUCCAUUAAUUCAACACUCUCGAAAUAGAAGUUUCCUACGAGCAUGGAAGUCAAGAAAGAGUUCACGCAAGGAAGGAUGA